AUGAAUACUACAGCAAUGAGCCCACUUGCUGUUACACCACUAGGUUUUGUUCCAGAUUUAAAAAAUGCCACACUUGUGCCUUUCAAUGAGACUGCAUGUGAAAACUGGAAAGAGAUUCAUCAUCUUGUUUUCCACGUGGCAAACAUUUGCUUUGCAGUUGGACUGGUUAUUCCAACUACUCUGAAUCUUCAUAUGAUUUUUCUGCGGGGUCUGCUCACCAUAGGGUGUGCAUUGUUCAUCAUUUGGGCUACACUCUACCGUUGUGCCUUGGACAUAAUGAUCUGGAAUUCUGUGUUUUUGGUUGUCAACCUCUUACAUUUCAUAUACCUAGUGUAUAAAAGAAGACCGAUCAAGAUAGAGAAGGAGCUUAGCAGUCUCUACAAGCGGAUGUUUGAACCUCUCCACGUGCCUCCGGAGCUCUUCCAAAGACUAACUGGACAGUUCUGCAACAUUCAGACUUUAAAGACAGGUCAAGCCUACGCUGCAUUUCUGUUGAUGGCAAUGGUGAUAAUGAAGGUGUCUUACCGAGGACAUUUUCUGCACAAUAUUUACCCCUGUGCCUUUAUAGAUUCUCCUGAAUUUCGAUCAACACAGAUGAACCGGGGUGAGAAAUUCCAGGUCACCAUUAUCGCAGAUGAUAACUGCAAGUUCCUGUGCUGGUCCAGAGAAAGGCUGACAUAUUUUCUAGAAUCUGAGCCAUUUCUUUAUGAGAUCUUUAAGUAUCUUAUUGGCAAAGAUAUUACAAAUAAACUCUAUUCAUUGAAUGACCCGACCUUAAAUGACAAGGCUUCAAAAAAGAUUGAUCGACAGCCUAGUCUUUGCUCACAGCUCUCUGUGAUGCAGAUGAGAAACAGUAUGGCCAGUACCAGUGACAGUGAAGAUGGCUUGCAGAUGUUUCUUCGUGGGACUUCCUCUGCAUCCUCUCUUCGCGCGGGCCGGACGUCUCCCUACCUGAGAACUUCGGCAAAAAUGAAGCCAAUAGAAGAAAGUGUGGAAGAUGACGUCUUUGAAGCACCAUCUGCUGAUAAGCUUGAACUCCAGCGGCUGCCUUAAACAGAUGUGUCCUCAGGCACAUCAGGGCUUGCAGAAAGCUCCAGUGCAAGAGGAAGAAGCUGAAUUUGGGAGGAAUCUGAAAGCUAAAACCACCGCUCCGUGUUUGAAUUUACCACAGCGUAUGUCAGUGGCUUCUAGAUGGAAAUGUCGCAUUUUGUUUUACUUCCAAGUAAAAUAAAACAAAUAAAAACU